ACACGAAUCUCGACAGCGAAUUGUGGAAAUCGUAUGAUAUUGGUGUUUUUCUCUGAACUCUGAAGUCAGAUUUCUACCAAAGCCUGCCUAAUUAUGGGAGAGGAGUCUCAAUCAAACAGGACCCUAGAAGAGGAGGUGACGAAAAGGUUACAGCCGUUUGUAGAUGAAACGGAGAAACUCAUAGCCGAUCUCAGGAAGAAGUUGGCCAAGGAUAUCGAAAUGGAGUGGAUCAGUGAAGGUGCUAAUGAUGUUCUGAAAGCCCUUAAUGAUUCAAGCUGUUUCAGAGAGCCCAACCCGUGCCAUAAGAAGAAAGUACACUUUGGGGGGAAACAUUGUGAUAAUAGGCUUACAAAGAAUAUUGCUCCAUCAUUGAUUGAAGACGAACGCCCACCUUGGCACUGCUCGACAUCUCCUACUUCCAUCCUGGACAAUAGUUUUGAAUUACUUGCAAUAAGCAAAACCCAAAUCACCGCUACACUCCAGCGAGGUAGACCAACAACAGCACGGCCAUCACAGCCCCAAAGGCCAGGGAAAGCUAAUGCCGCUCCCUCCCGUGCCAUUCUGAUGAAAGCUUCCGGGACAACAUCACCUUUGGACAGCUCACCAUCUCCCCCUGGCAUCCUGGACAAUAGUAGUGAACUGCCUGCAAUAAACAAGAGCCAACUGACUGCUACUCCCCAGCGAGCUAGACCAACAACAGCACGGCCAUCACAACCCCAAAGGCCAGGGAAAGCUAAUGCCGCUCCUUCCCGUGCCAUUCUGAUGAAAGCUUCCGGGACAACAUCACCUUUGGACUGCUCACCAUCUCCCCCAGGCACCCCGGAUACAAGUUGUGAACUGCCUGCAAUAAACAAGAGCCAGCUGACUGCUGCCCCCAAGCGAGGUAGACCAACAAUAGCACGGCCAGUACAACGCCCAAGGCCAGCGAAAACUAAUGCCACUCCCUCCUUUGGCAUUCAAGAUAAAGCUUCCGGGACAACAUCACCUUUGGACUGCUCACUAUCUCCCCCUGGCACCCUGGACAAUAGUUGUGAACUGCCUGCAAUAAACAAAAGCCAGUUGACUGCUGCUCCCCAGCGAGGUAGACCAAGAACAGCACGGCCACCACAGCGCCAAAGGCCAGCAAACACUGAUAUCGCUCCCUCAUGUGGUAUUCAAGAGAAACGCCUCAUGUUCAACUGCACGCCAUCGCCUCCUGGCUCUAUGGGACAUCCUUUGAUAGACAACGACCAGUUUACUGCAACCAUUCCGUGUAAAGAGCCAAGGCCGACAAUAUCACAUCAUACACAGCGCCAAAGGCCAGAGAAAAGUAAUAUCGCUUCCUCCUGUGGUACCGAAGAAAAACGCCGAAUGUGCAACUGCCCGCCAUCGCCUCCUGGCUCCGUGGAACUUCUUUUGAAAAACAACGACCAGUUUACUGCAACCAUCCAGCGUAAAGAGCCAAGGCCGACAAUAUCACAUCAUACACAGCGCCAAAAGCCAGUGAAAACUAAUAUCGCUCCCUCCUGUGCUAUCCAAGAAAAACGCCGAAUGUCCAACUGCACUCCAUCGCCUCCUGGCUCCGUGAGACUUCCUUUGAUAGACAACGACCAGUUUACUGCAACCAUCCCGCGUAAAGAGCAAAGGCCGACAAUAUCACAUCCUGCACAGCGACGCAGAUCAGUGCCAACCAAUAUUGCCAUUGAAGACAACCAAAUGUGCAACUACACGCCAUCAGCUAUUUGCCCUGCGGAACUCCCUUUAAUAGGCAACAACCAGCAAUUUACUGCAGCCAUCCCACGGAGAGAGUCCAGGCCGACAACAUCACGCCCAACACAGCGCCGUGGAUCAGGCCCAGCCAAUAUCGCCAUUCAACAGAAACGCCCGAUGUGCAACUGCACACCAUCGCCUCCUGGCUCGGGGGAACUCCGUUCAACAGGCCAAUCAACUGCAGCCACCCCGCCAAAUGUGCCGAGACAGCGCUACAUACAACAGUCACGACCAUCUAGGCGUGCAGGCGGGCCAACCCCGGCUCCACCAGCCACCAGAAAGCCCUCUACUCAAAUGCAAGGAUCCACGGCAAUACACAAACGCAAAUUUAAGGAAAAGGCCAACCAACAAAGCCUUGCUCAAAAAUUGGAGGACAAAAUGAAAAGGGCCGAAGAAAAUCAUAGACGGGAGAUUGAAAAGAAAAGAGGAAGAGCGCAACACUCUCUGGAUUGGUGGGAGACUGGUCUAGCUAAAAACUUAGAGCUUCACGAGAAUGAUCCAGAUGAUACUUAUGUUAGGGCACGUGCCAAAGCUAAUGAAGCGGCAAAAAGAAUUGCAUAG